GCGUUUCGAAUUUGUAAUUACGUUCGUAAUUCGUAAAUCGUAAUACGAAGUUGUAAUUUGUAAUACUUCAAACACUCAAUAUCCUCCUCGCCUCCUCUGUGUUUAUCUCAUCCAGUUUUGCUUCGUGAGUCAAGCGCAGUCGCCAUGAAGGCGCGGAGGAGCUCGGGCCUGCGGUACCGACCGUACGCCCGCAGUACGUCCAUCCACCACUCGGACCCGGAGGUCAUCUGCGACGACGACGAGCUGGACGACACGAUCGUGGUGGUGUACGACCGGCGGCGCCACCAGGCCGCGCCGGCCGCCCCCGCCAGGGGCCCCGCCGCCGGUCGGAAGGAUGGCGGAGCGGGCGCGGCGGCGGCGGCUUCUUCAGGGACUCCUGCCUCCGCGGCGCCGCCGCCGGCGGGCGGGACGGCCACCAAGUCGCAGCUGGAGUUCUCCCCGUGGCGGGUGUCGCGGAUCCCACUACCGGCCGACCCCAACACUCCGGACCACUCCAAGACGCUGUGCGCCAGCCCCGCCGACGCCGCCACCUCGGGACACAAGGCGGCCGCUGAGCUGACCGUUGACGAACUAUUCAGUCCCUUCUCGGGAUCCCCGGUCGUGCGGAACACUGACACAGGCACGGUGAAGAAGUGGAAGCGGAAUCGUCGGAAAUCUCGCCGCGGGAAGGGUCCGAUCACCUCGACGCCGGCUCCGGGCGCUCCUGGCGGCGCUCGCGGCGGCACGGGCUCGGCGCCGGCCACACCGGCCCUCCGCCCGCCGGACGUCAGUGAGGUGCGUGAUGUCACACCCUUUGUGAUCACACUAGACGAAGAUCCUACUGUAUUAGAAGUAACGGAAGUACGCCGUGUGGUGCGGCAGACCACGCCCUCCGAGAAACGGACGGUCAGGACGGACCUGAGCGCGGAUGUGAUGCUGCUCGACACCUCCUCUGAGAGGACGCCGGCACGCCGCUUGAAGGCCGCCAAUCUGUCCAAGAUGCGGCCGGGGCGAGUGGGUACCAGAUCGCCGGGGGGACGGGUGACCAAGAAGUCUCCAGCACAGCCUGCCAGAAAGUCUCCAGCACAGCCUGUCAGAAAGUCUCCAGCAAAGAAGUCUCCUGCGGCCAAGGGCAAGACGGCGGCUGGUACGGCCGCCCCGGCCGCUGACCUCGAGAGCUCCCUGGAGGAGGGCGAGCUGUCCCGCACCCGCCACUCCUCCAAUGACAUCACGGUCGUGCAGGUGAAGCCGCUGCGCCGCACCAGCAGCACGCAGCGGCGCCUCCAGGCCGUGAAGAAGAUGGCGGUCCGCACGCUCAGCCGGUCGCAAGUCAAGACGCCGAGCAGGCCGGGAAAGUCGGGCAGGUCGCAACGGUCGAAAAGGUCCGACAGGCCAAGGGAUCACCGCAGUCAGCGAAACCUGAAGGGACCGAAUGAGCGGGGGCCAACACGCUGGAUGGUGGACCGGCGUGGCAGCAGGUUCGCCGCUCCUCUUGGAGCCACCUCCGACCAGCCCAUCAAGUUCGCGCCCGACUUUUCCGAGUCGUUCGCGCGUAUGGUGUCGGAGCGGCCGAAGCGACCCGUCAUUAUCGACGGACCCAACGUGGCCUACGCCCACGGCCGGAACAAAGUCUGCUCGUUCCGCGGCAUCAAGAUCGUGCUCGACUACUUUAAGAACCUGGGCCACCGGUGCACCGUCUUCAUCCCGAGCACUUUCAUCAACCGUGCCCGGACCCAGGAGAAUGAGAAGCUGCUGGAGGAUCUCUACCAGACGGGCGAGCUGGCCUACACACCCAGUCGCUACAUCCGUGGGCGGCUCGUCACCAGCUACGAUGACAGGUACGUGGUGAUGUACGCCACGCGCGUGGGGGGUGUCAUCAUCUCCCGCGACCUCUACCGCGACGUGGCGCAGGAGCGGCCCGACUGGGGCGACACCAUCGAUAACAGGCUGCUGAUCCCCACGUUUGUGGGCGACCAGCUGCUGCUGCCGCCGGACCCGCUCGGCCGAGACGGGCCUGGCCUGCUGGAGUUCCUGAGGUUCCCGCCGGGCAGCUGUCAGCUGCUCGGUGACCAGCCGGCGCCCUGGGCCCAGCCGUGACGGCUAGCCGUGACAGUCGCCGUGACGGUCGCCGUGACGAUCACCGUGACGAGGUGAGGUACAACUAACGCCCCGUGACGCACAGCGGCCGCCGAGAGUCAGAGCUCAAGUGAUCUGUUCGCAGAAGUAGUGACUGAAAUGUGAACGCUACGGUGUGGUGCUCCGAUAAGGGAGGCUCGGGAGGAUCUUGUGUGGAAGACGGGCUGUGAGUGCGCUUACAGACUUCAGAGACUGACAAAGGCGAGACGAGCUACUUCUAAAGACAGUGGCGAGGUAGGGCCUGUGAUUCCUGGUUUGUCUGAAUGAAGUGCGUUUGUGAAGUUGACAAGAUCGACUGGCAGGUGGCUCAUGGGUAUGGAACGUCGCGUAUGGCUGUCACUGCCAUUGUGUGGUUUGGGUGUCCGUUCAGCGGACUGUUACUGCCAGGGACGGUCUGUGACCACUUUCAUCGCCGUAUGACCACUUGGGGACGGCGGCUGCUACAUCAGACACUAGCAACUAGUGCGCCUUUUCCGAUAAGUCAGACAAUAACAAGUAGGUCGCUCAUGUGAUCGGUUUGUUCAUGCAUAAUUACUGAUACAUCAUACGCGUCCCGAAUGUGUCAGUAUAUUCCCGAUAGGUUUCUGUAGUACUGACGGAAGACGAACCACAACAGACGCAACCGAGGGUUGUCGUGUCGCGCCAUGCAGCGGCGGGAGGCUUCCUGCUCGCUGGCGGCUCCAUGUCAGAUAGGGACUCAGUUGAUUGGGGUCCAUCCUGUGCGCUGAGUGCUCAGCUACGGGGUGGUUAUUUGAGAAGGAAAUAAAGUAACACGUGGUUGCCGCGAUUUAUUUACAGUCAUAAGAGUAAACUGACGUAACAUUGGAAAGGCAAUUGUUGGACAUUUGAUGUGAAACAAAAAACAAAAUCGCUCCACUUCUCUUACACUCAGAGCGGGCGCUCAAAAUGAUCGUUCUGUUUCGGGCAGUGAAGCUCGGCUUGGCUCCGGGCGCAGUGUGCCAUUAGUCGCAGCUGUGCCUCACUGAUGUUACGGGCAAAUUAAUCCGCCAUGCCCUUCAGUUGCUUCAAUGAUGGGAACCUAUGGCGAACCACUCGUCCUAAUAUUGUUGCUAGAUACCUUAGUUGAGACAAGUCGGGGCGGAACUACGCGAAAUCCAGCAAUGUUGUGUGACUGCGCGAGAUCCAGCAGCCACUCCAGUAAUGACUGGCUGACGGGGGAACAGCAAUGUUGCCCUGUUCCUCCGUCAGUCACUCCCUCAAACCAAACAUUGGCCAACGAGCAAGCAUUUAUCGUCGAUGUUGCCCUCUUGGUAUCACCUUUGUACUGUGAUUUUUCUUGAAUAAGGCAAUUUGAUUAAAAAUACCGUGAUGAAUACCUCAGUCCCUAAUCCUUGAGGUGACAAGGGUAUGAUGGAUAAAUUUGUCCGCAACAUCAGUGAGGUAGAGCUGCGACAAAUGGCACACCACGCCCGGAGCCGAGCCGAGCUGCGCUGCCCGAAACAGAGCGGUCAUUUCGAGCGCCCUCUGAGUGAAAGAGAAAUGAAACGAAUUUGUUUUUUGCUUCGCAUCAAAUGUCCAACGAUUGCCGUUCCAAUGAUGUGUCAGUUUACUCUUCUGAGUGUUAAUAAAUAGUGUUAAUCACACGUUAUUUUAUUUCAUUCACAAAUGAUCACCAUGUAGAUAUUGAUAUGAGUGAGUGAUUCUUUGUUAGGACGGCGAGUCUUCACCCGCAGUGAACAAUGAGAGUGUCUUGAGCUGAUGAGCUGAGCAGUAUUGGCACAAAAGCUGCCAGCAAUGACCCAGCUCCAAAACCACAGUGCAAAGUACAAGCUAAUUGUCCGAUUGCUUGCAUUGUUUGAUGUGGGACCGAGUUUUGUAGUUUUGCUUCGUGGUGUUCCCUGGGAGGGGUUUGUGUUUCAAGGAACUGACUGAUGUGUGGUAAUUGCUUAGCCAUUGGUCGUGAGUCUGAGUUGUUAGUCUGUCUCUGCGCUCACAAAAAUGUGCCUUACAUACAGUUUUUUCAUUGCUGCUCCGCCGUUUUGAAAAAUAUUUCAAUAAACUGUUUUCGUAUUUUGUUGA